AUGAAUCGAUUCGGCAAGCUGUCUUUACAGCUGCCUCCUUCGGUAUGCCUUUUCUGUCAGAGUCGAAAUGCCUUCCUCCCGUCCGCUCUCGGCGCUCAGUCCGUUCGCACCAUGGCUGGCGGUCGCCUCCGCCGCAGAGAAGUUGCCCGUAAAGCGCUGUCUGCCGAUGUGGCCAAACCUUCCUUGAAACAGGAUCGAUCCAGGAACGAAAAACGUGGCCCCUUCGCCGGAAUGAAUCAGACCGAGGCUCGCUUUCGUGAUGCUCCUCGACCGCGAUCCGCCGCCGCCGUAAAACGCUCGGGGGAGCCCGAAAGCAAGAACCAGAAAAGCGACAGCCCGCUAUACAAAGCCCUGAAGAUGCAAACCACGUUGACUCCGAUGACAUACGGCCGUCGGACGGCGAUCAAAGCGAAGCUCGCUGAGAUCACCAGUUUCGACCAAUUCCCUCUGCUGCCCGUUGUUCGACACUCGAUUUUUUCCCAGGCCCUACCGGGUCUACUUGACGUCACUCCGACCCCGAUUCAACGUUUGGCGAUACCUGAGCUUCUUAAGGAAACGGAGGACGACGGCAAAUCACGACGUAAGAACGAUCUCGAGGCGCAAUACGACCAAUACCUUCUCGCCGCGGAGACCGGGUCCGGAAAGACUCUGGCCUACCUGGUCCCCUUGAUCGAUGCCGUCAAGCGCCUGGAGGCGGAAGAUAAAGAGACCGAGAAGCUUGAGCAGGAGAAACAGGCGAAAGAAAGAGAGGAGCGGUUGAAGAAGCAGGCCUUCGACAUCGAGCCCGAGCUUCCUCCGCUUUCAAAUGCCGGCAGACCUCGCGCGAUCAUACUCGUGCCCACGGCUGAACUAGUGGCGCAAGUGGGCGUCAAAGUCAAGGCAUUCGCGCACACAGUCAAAUAUCGCUCGGGCAUGAUCUCAUCGAACCUGUCGCCCCGCCGGAUCAAAAACAUCCUGUUCAACCCGGAUGGGAUCGAUAUCCUCGUCACCACCCCUCACCUUCUCGGAUCCAUCGCCAAGACCGAACCCUACGUGCUCAGCCGCGUCAGCCAUUUGGUCCUCGACGAGGCCGACUCGCUGAUGGACCGGUCUUUCCUGCCGACCACCUCGGAUAUCAUUAGCAAGACGGCGCCGUCACUGCGCAAACUCAUACUGUGCUCAGCCACCAUCCCUCGCAGUCUCGACAACCUUCUGCGGAAGCGCUACCCGGACAUCAAGCGGCUUACCACGCCCCAACUACAUGCCAUCCCGCGUCGCGUGCAACUCGGAGUAGUGGAUAUUCAGAAGGACCCCUACCGCGGCAACCGCAGUCUAGCCUGCGCGGACGUGAUCUGGUCCAUCGGCAAGGCCGGCGACAGCGAGCCUGUCGGACCAUUCGCGUCGUACAUGGAGCCGAACGUCAAGAAGAUCCUUGUCUUUGUCAACGAGCGCGAGGAAGCCGAUGAGGUGGCCGAGUUCCUCCGAUCCAAGGGCAUCGACGCUCAAUCGCUCUCUCGCGAUUCCAGCGCCCGCCAGCAGGAGGAGACUCUCGCCGAGUUCACCGAAACGCCCCCGCCCCCGAGCCCGGAGGAGAUCAUGCUCGCUCAGAAGCGCCGCCGCGAGGAGAACGCCAUCCCCUUCGAAAUGCCGCGGUCCCCCACGUCGGACCGAAGCCGCCGUCUGCCCAACACCAAAGUUCUCGUCACCACGGACAUUGCGUCCCGCGGUAUUGACACUCUCGCGGUCAAGACCGUCAUCCUGUACCAUGUUCCUCACACGACCAUCGACUUUAUCCACCGUCUCGGACGUCUGGGGCGGAUGGGCAAGCGUGGUCGUGGAAUCGUUCUCGUGGGGAAGAAGGACCGCAAGGAUGUGGUGAAGGAGGUGCGCGAGGGUAUGUUCCGCGGACAGGCUUUGAUUUAG